AUGAACAAACUGUCAGCCAGAAUAUCUCCUGCCCCCGGACCAGUCCCCAUCACACUUCAACUACCCACUACAUCAGUAACUGAAAAGGAGCCUCGGGGUGAAAAUAUCCUUGUGCAAAAUGUAGUUUCUGAUGAUUCUGAUACAGAACAAAGAUCUAAAUGCAUCUGUGCUCGAUGUUCAUUUCGAGCUGCAUGGAGGAUUGCAUGUGGAAUUGUUUUAGGAGCUUGCGUUGCAGUUUCCUGGGCCUGGGGAACUCAUAAUGCUAAAGAAACUCUUAUAAGACAUCCCGCCCCAUUCUUUAUCAUCUGGUUCUGUAGUAUCUGGAAUAUUGUGUUUUUUCCAUUCUACUAUCUGUGUCAACUUCUCGUGAAGAGACAGAAAGAAUGGCCUACCACAGAGUUCAGAAAGUGUAGCAGGUUCCUGGGUGAAGAGUUGACUGUAAGGACUGUUCUUAAAGGGGCAGCUCCAUUCUCCAUGCUAUGGAGUUUAUCUGGUUAUCUGUCCUUGCUGGCACUUUGCCACAUAUCAAAAGUGGACGUAAGUGCUGUUCUCUGUUGCGGUCAGGCUUUCGUUUUCCUCCUUUCAUGGAUUGGACUCAAGGAUCGCUUCAUGGGUGUCAGGAUAGUAGCUGUCAUUUUGUCCAUCACAGGCAUUGUUAUGAUGGCUUAUGCAGAUGGUUUCCAUAGUGACUCAAUCACAGGAGUCGCACUAGGUGUUGGCUCAGCAUCGACCUCUGCUGUCUUCAAGGUGCUUUUCAGAAAUCGUGUAGGAGAUGUCCAGCCAGGUCCUGCCAGCGUGCUGUUCUCCUGCGUGGGUCUUUGCAGCUUUGUCCUUCAUUCCUGGGUGUGCGUGUUGCUUUAUCUUACACAUGUGGAAUAUUGGCCUCCCUCUCAGUAUAUUCCUUGGGAUAAACUGUGUGUUAUGGCAUCUCUACUGCUUGUUUGCAAUAUGCUAGUGAAUUUGGGAGGAAUAUUUACGUACCCCAGUUUAAUUUCACUCGGAAUUCUCUUGACCAUUCCAGCAAGUGCAGCUGUAGAUACAUUAGUGACCGCAGCACUGAAGAUCAGCCCUGUACGUGUGGGUGCAGCAGUUAUCAUCUCAGCAGGCUUUCUCAUGCUGCAGCUUCCAGAGAACUGGGACGACAGCACACUGCGCUGGCUCAGCACACUGUGGCAUGGAAACUGGCACGAGGACAGUAUAGUUGAAGAAGAAACUGCGGUAGACCUUGUUGGGACUGCACGAGCAAAACCGGCUGUUGUGACAGUCAGCUAGCUGAGUAACAGUAUUAUAAAUGAGCAGGGUCGAUUCUAGGUUUCCAACAUUAGGGGGGCUCAGCCUCCAAUAUAAUAUAUAUAUACGGGGGCAUCUCAAGUGAGGGGAAAAUGGUGACUGAGUUACAUAGGGCCCUGGCAUGUGAGGGGCCUUGAAGUUCCUGAAAUUUGUAUUAUUAUUAUUUUACAAUUGUGCGCGUAUACUGCACGUCUGUGCAACUUCUCUGUUCUCCGCUAAUUUUGAGAAGUUUCGGCACAGCAGACGUCUGUGUAAAUGCCUCACACGAGCACAGCACGCAUGCAACAGCGAACUGCACGAUAGGCUGUAUGAGUGAAGUGGAAUGGACUCACAUCCCUGCUGAAAGCAUUCUGUUAUCAAUCCACUAGAGAUCUGUGUACUCCGCUCCGGGUUUUACAUUUCCCGCUCACAGUCUACAGCGGAUGAUAGAUAGUCUAGAUUGAGUAUUAUGGGUUGUGUGUCUACAGUAUGUAGAUGUGGACAGAAUUUAUUACAUUUUGGUGUGUUUUAUCUAAUUAGCGAGGACAAAAAACUGAAUGGUGUGUCAUAAAAUAACCUAUUUCUGAAUGUUCAUGCAAAUUAUGUGAAAUGCAAUAAAAUAAAAUAAAAUGUUUUAGCAUAAAAGUAAGUUAUAAAGGGCCUACUGUAUAUUUAUCAUGGCAUUAAUGUAUGAAUAGCUCGUUUUUUAAGUUAAAGCUGCCUUUAGAAAAAUCAACUAUUGGUUCAUUAUAAUAAAGUACAGUAACCAUGUUUUUGUUUUCUUUUGGCCUAUUUUAUUACAACAGUUUAACUAAAAAUAUCAGUGUUAAACUGUUACAGUAUACUAGGGUUUACCACAAUAAAACC